AUGCCAAAAAGUCAAGAAUUUGCUGCACGUGAAGGCUCUCGUACGAAAGUGGUAUUUGUGGUGUGGUGUCCCUCUACAGUGUCUGUGAAGCAAAAAUUUGAGUUGGCUGCCACUACGAAAACUGUGAAAGAAAAGUUGAAUGGUAUCUUUGUCACUCAUAAUGCAACGAGUAAGGCCGAUUUAGAGGAGCAACGAUUUGUUGAGAGAUGUUUGAGUAUUAUGAAGUAA